UACAGGAAAGCUUGCGAGACACUAUACUGCAGUACAGGACUACAGGACUACAGGAAGAGUAUUACUUUACUCUGUUCAUUACACACUUCCUUAUUACCCGCGUUCUGUACACAUCAAAUCUCAGCCGAACUUGCUACUUUAUUACAGAUCUGGGCGCCAUUCCCUUUCAUUACAGAAUUAGGUUUGUUGCUUAAAGGCGUCUUCAAUUCAGUAUCUUCGAUGGAACUUAACAAUUUCGAAAGAAUCAACGACUUGAAUCCAGCUAGAUUCGACUGGAAAUGUAGACUAAGGUUACAGUCUUUGUGGAAGGGAGUUCACAGAGAAAAGAAAGAAUUCUAUGGCGUAAAUAUGAUUUUCAUAGAUGACUCAAGCCAUCGGAUUCAUGCUUUUGCAAGUAAAAAAUACUGUCAAGGGCUGUUUGAACAUCUCAAGGAAGGAGAAGUUUAUGUUUUAACAAAUUUCAAAGUGAAGGACUAUGUCGGUGAUGAGACAUACAGACCAGUUAGACACAAGAAGCAUAUCUACUUCACAACACACACAAAAUUGGAGACAGAUUCAUAUGGGGGUUUGAAAAUAGAAAAGUAUGCUUUUGAUUUGUUCUACUUGGGAGAGAUGAAAAAAUUAGCUGAAGACAACCGUUACUUGAUAGAUGUGGCAGGUAAGAUGCAAAAUGUCCGCCCAAACAUGAAGUCCACCAAAAAUGAUGUCGAAAAAAGGCUGACAAAAUUUGAUCUGUUUGAUGGAAGGAACUCUGUUAGUGUGACUCUUUUUGAUGACUUUGGGCUUCAAUUUGAGCAAGAUUUAGAAAACUGUAACCAGACUGAGAUAUUUGUUAUUAUAUGUGCAGCAAAAGUUGCGCUUUAUGAGGGUGAGGCCAAUAUCACAACUUACCCAGCUACGAGAAUCUACAUCAAUCCUACUCAUUACAGUAUCUCAGAGAUCAAAAACAAUUUGAAGGCAAUUAAAAAGGAACCAGUGUCGUCACCACCAUAAGAAGAGACAAAUUUCCCAACACUUACGAUAAAAGAUAUUAAGUUGUUGGCUCCUGAUUCUCCUGAGUGCAAAGUAAGGUGCCAGGUUAAAGUCACUAAGGUCGAAGAGCAAUCUUCUUGGUUUUAUGUUGUCUGCACAAAAUGCCCUAAAGAAAUAUCAAGAGUUGAAGGCAUUUUCAAAUGCAUUGACUGCAACAGAAUUAUUCCAUAUCCUGAUAAAAGAUUCCGUGUGUGCACUCUAUGCAGUGACAGCACAGGUUCCAUUGUAGUCAUUUUUCCUGACAAAGAAGUCAGUCGAAUUAUUGACAAAACGGUUUUUGACAUUGAGGCAGAGGCCAUUCAGAAUGAUGAAACUGAAGGAAAAUUCCCGCUGAUCCUUAAGGAGUUUGAGAAAAAGAUUUACACCAUCACUUUGAACGUUACGGACAACAAUUUGAAAAAAGGUUCAAGGGUGUAUGAUGCUUUUGAGAUUUUUGACAAAAUGGAGAGCGGAGCAAGUUUUGAUCCUUCGGCACAAACUGAUACUCAAAUGGUCGAUGCUAUGACAGUCAACUUGAAAGAUGACCAUAACAACACACCAAAUACUGGCAUCUCUUCAACAAAGACCAGACCUAGGGCUGAAAUCGAACCUGUGCCUUUCACCCCAACAGAAGAAAUACCUGCAAAGGUUCUGAGAAAUGCUAGGAAGGAAAAGUCCUUGGAAUGAAGUCGACAGCAAAAACUACUUUUGCCAAUGGAUCAAAUUUUAUCUUUUGCCAUAUAUUAAGACAGCAAAACUCUUUUGUUAUAUUUGAUCUGACUUUAUGCAACUAACUAUUAUUAUGGUUCAGCCUAAACUUAACAGAUUUGUUAAAGUCUGUAAUGGACUGUACUUUUUUUAUGUCCUUCUAUCUAAUCUUAAAGUGGAUGUCACUAACUAUUUAUUAUUGCUUCUGAACUGUAAUUAACAUAGUAGUUCCCUG